CAAAAUGUUCAAAGAAUCAGGAUCUCUCAAAGUCAUUUCUACAAUGUGCAUAAUGGCAGUACAAUAUUUUAGUAAUAUGCUUGUGAGGUAUGACUUAGUAUUUGAUGUUUCCUUGGUUUACCGUAGUCCUUUUCAUUUUAUUUACCAAAAUAAAUGGAGAUUAAGGUAAAAGUAGUGUCUUGUAAUUUGUGAUAACUGGAACAAUGGAGGGUUUGAUAAGAAUUAAGCAUUGAUUAUGCUAAUUUUUCUUUUUCUUGGCAACAGUUCACACAGCAGAAGUCCAUUUGUAUGCCGGUGGAGAAUCCCAGGAGGCUGAAGAACCUUCAGAGCUUUAACUGUCAGUUGGGAUCAUGAGGAAGAGCCACAGUGUUUUGACAGUGACACCUAUUGAUGACAGCAAGGACCCUUCUGGAUGCACGUCUUCAGGAGCCACAUUGGGCGUUGACCUCUGGCGAGGCCCCAGACGGCACUCGGGAACCCUUGUGUUGCCGCCGUUGUCAUGGAGGCAGGCAGAGAGGGCCCGCAGUCCUCAAGAAGAUCACGUUACCAGACCCACCUCGCUGGGCUUCAUUACCACACCACGUAUAGACAUCACACCAGUGCCUCCUGAUAGUUUGGAGGUGGAGAAUGGCCCCUCUAUGGGCUGCAGUCCACUGGACCUGCAGGCGUCUCCGGGCUCCAGUCUCGCCCUGCAUCCCAGCAUGGCCAGUCACGGUCAGCGGCGGGAGUCUUUCCUCUAUCGCUCGGACAGCGACUACGACCUCUCGCCCAAAUCCACCUCACGCAACUCCUCCCUUGUAGGAGAGCAGCUACAUGGUGAAGACCUGAUAGUUACUCCUUUUGCUCAGGUGCUUGCAAGUCUACGCACUGUUAGGAAUAAUUUCAGCAUCCUGACAAAUGUACAGUGUCCCUCCAGCAAAAGAUCACCAGUCAGCAGUCAGCCCCCAAUGACCAAGGCUAAUUUGUCAGACGAUUCCUACCAGAAGCUAGCUGUGGAGACCAUGGAGGAGCUCGACUGGUGCCUGGACCAGUUGGAAACCAUCCAGACCUACCGUUCUGUCAGUGACAUGGCCUCCAACAAGUUCAAGAGGAUGUUGAACCGGGAACUGAUGCAUCUGUCUGAGAUGAGUCGCUCUGGAAACCAGGUCUCUGAAUUUAUUUCCAGCACCUUCUUAGAUAAACAGAAUGAACUGGAGAUCCCUUCGCCCACUUCAAAAUCAUGGGAAAGUAAGAGAAGGCAGCAGCAGCUUAUGACUCAGAUUAGUGGGGUGAGAAAGAUCACUCAUGGGCCUGGUCUUUCAAGCAGCUGCAGUACGGCCCGCUUCGGAGUAAAAACAGAUCAUGAGGACUUGCUUUCCCAGGACCUAGAGGACAUCCACAAGUGGGGUCUGAACAUCUUCAAAGUUUCAGAGCAUUCUCACCAUCGGCCGCUGACCUGCAUCAUGUAUGCCAUAUUUCAGGAGAGAGACAUAAUGAAGACAUUCAAGAUCCCAGUGGACACCUUUGUGACAUACAUGAUGACCCUUGAAGACCACUACCAUGCAGACGUUGCCUAUCACAACAGUCUCCACGCGGCUGACGUAGCCCAAUCCACACACAUCCUUCUGUCCACACCUGCACUGGAUGCAGUUUUUACAGAUCUGGAGAUUCUGGCAUCUAUCUUUGCAGCAGCCAUCCAUGAUGUGGACCACCCAGGGGUCUCAAACCAAUUCCUAAUUAAUACCAACUCUGAGCUGGCCCUCAUGUACAAUGAUGAGUCUGUUCUUGAGAAUCAUCACCUAGCUGUUGGAUUCAAGCUCCUGCAAGGGGAAAACUGUGACAUUUUCCAGAACCUCACCAAGAAGCAACGACAGACUCUGAGGAAAAUGGUCAUUGAAAUGGUACUAGCAACAGACAUGUCCAAGCACAUGAGCUUACUGGCUGAUCUAAAGACAAUGGUUGAGACCAAGAAAGUGACCAGCUCGGGAGUGUUGUUGCUUGACAACUAUACAGACAGGAUACAGGUCUUACGCAAUAUGGUUCACUGCGCUGAUCUCAGCAACCCCACCAAGUCCUUAGAUCUCUACCGACAGUGGACGAACUGCAUUAUGGAAGAGUUCUUCCACCAAGGUGACCGAGAAAGAGAGCGAGGCAUGGAGAUCAGCCCCAUGUGUGACAAACACACGGCUUCAGUGGAGAAGUCCCAGGUUGGUUUCAUUGACUACAUCGUACACCCACUUUGGGAGACAUGGGCAGACCUGGUGCAUCCAGAUGCACAGGAUAUAUUGGACACUUUAGAAGACAACCGGAACUGGUACCACAGUAUGAUACCACAAAGUCCUUCGCCCCCCUUCUACGAGCUGGAAAUUGACGGCGAAGACAAGUUUCAGUUUGAAUUGGAGGUUGAGGAAGAAGACAAGCAGGAUACAGAGAAACAAUUAGACGCUGACUACGUAGAUAUACAUUCGCCUUCGUCUGCUGAGACGUAGCACCUCACUACAAUAGCUGCUGUAAUGGCCAUAUUUGACUGUAAAAUAUAGUGGAGAAAUAUUAUUCUCAUGCUGACUGAGAAUCCCUCAGAGGAGCACUGUGUCUUGGGACUCUGCUGUUGUUACAGAGCACAAAAGGCGAAGAGAACUUCCUCUGGAAUCAAGUUGGAAUUUGCAGGCAUCCAUUCAAGUUGGACAUUGCCAAAAGAGGACGGUCAUACCAAAAGUGCCCAUCUGAUUGAACAAGGAGUGCCAUAAACUGGAAUUUUAUAAUCAGAGGUUUACAGACUGAUCUGAAUGUGGGAGUGGGUUUCUGUGAGGGAGAAUAUACCCUUGUAUAAGAGGGGGUUUUACGACAACGUCAAAGUGACUUUGUAUACUUUUUGUACUUGAGUGUUUUGUGACUUUUUUUGGUGUCACAUAAAACUAUACUUUUUAACACGUCAAAUCAGAGGAAUGUUAUCAUGCUGAAAGCAAAAUAAUGGACAUCCCAGGCAUUUAUUGGGAAUGCAGUCUUCCUAAGUAAAGGACAACAGAAUAAUCAAAUUCUUGUGCCAGCAUACUUUAUUCAGAUAAUACAAAACCUUUGUACUUUGUAACAAACUGCUUCAGUUUUUAAAGGUGUUCUUAUAAAGAUAUUCUUCUGGUUAAAUAAUGUGAUUUUUUAUGUUGUAUUCAUUAAAAAUAGGAUCCAAAGUGUUCAACGUUGUAGUGGUGCCCCUAAAGGAAUGUUCUAAGUUCAAUAAAAGUUAUGAUCUAUCGACAGCAAUUUUUACUAAUAAUUUCGAUCCCUCUAUUUAAAAAAAAAUCUUAGUUACAGUAGUGUAGAAAUGGUCAAAUGUAGAAAUGGUCAAAAAUCACAGUUACAGUAAGGCACUUGCAAUGAAAGUAAUGACAAUGUACUGAAGUCCUGUUUACUCCUAAAAGCAAAAAAAAAAUAAAUGUAAAUGUACAUUUCAUACUUUUUUAUAACAUCUUGAACUUUAGCAUGGCACUACUGUUCUAGGCAGAAAAAUGUCUUGUUAUUCGUCACUAACAUGGUCAUUACAGGAGUUGGAAAUAUGUAAUUGCUUAUUCCAUUAUUAGUGUAGUACUGUAACUGCAUUUAAAAUUUUUUUUACAAAUUUAAGGUCAAGUUGAAAUCAUUUUCUGUGGUAAUCAAUAUUCUAACACAAAUGCUGUUAAGAGAAUUUAAGUAUUGAACAGUGAACAUUCCUAAACCACUUUAAUAUGGAAGAUAAAUGUCCCAACACUUACAGUAAUAGCGAUGAUGAAAAGAUUUAUAGCUAAUAGUUUUUUUUAAACAUUUAAGAAUGACUUCUUUGUCUCGUUAAAUGUUAUUAGGAUACAAUCAUUUCAAACGAACAAAAAGACACAAGAACAAUCUAUCAUAAAAUGGAAACAUUUCCCUUAACAUGUGUUAUUCCUUCUCAUCUCAUUUCCUAGAAGCUAACCUUUUAACCAUUUUCACAAAACGCAGCCAAAAAUAAAUCUCAAUUACACAAUCACUGAUGUCAAACAGUUCAGUUCCUCCUGAUGUUUUGUGCUUACUGGUCAAGUACGGGAUGUGGUUAACGCACAUCACUCAGUCCAAGAUUGGUCUUUAAAUCACUUAAUUCUAACUGAUCUUUAUAAUUAUCUCUCUCAUUUUCAUAAUGAUAUGUUUGUUUUUGCUUACCCUUGGUGUCAAUGGCUCUUUUUUCAACCUUGUUAUACCAACAAAGGACUUUUAGUCAAAGAAGCCUCAAUACAAUUGGCCGCAGUUUAUUACGUAUAAUUUGCCCAAAUCCCAAUUAUAGUUACGAUAGAAGCUAGAUAUACUGUGACUCCAGACUUUGUCUCUUUUUUAAUCAUGUUUUUAUCUUUGCGAAGCUAAUGAACAUGGACACUGUAGAACAUCGGUGAUUUCACUGGUGGAAUUACUCUUAUAUUUACUAUUAUAUUUAUUGUGAUAUUGUCAUUUUUAUUAUUAAGGUUGUGUUGCACAUUUAGUUACUUGUUUAAAAAAGAGAAAUAAAUAAAAAUGUUGAUUUCAGUUUGUAAUUGUUAGUUGUUUAACCAAACAAAUGUAUGGAGUGCCACAGGGAUCAGUUUUAGGGCCUCUGCUUUUCUCCAUGUAUAUGCUUCCCCUGGGAGAUAUUAUCAGGAAUCGUGGAAUAAGUUUACACUGUUAUACCAACGAUACCCAACUUUAUAUUUCUUCAAAACCUGAUGAGAUUUCACAAUUCUCAAAAUUAGCAGUGUGUACCAAUGAAAUAAAAGAUUGGAUGGCCAGAAAUGUCCUUCUACUCAAUUCUGACAAAACAGAGGUACUAAUUAUUGGAACAAAAAACUAAAAUAGAAUUUGACUCUCGAUGGAUGUACUGUUACAUCAUCUUCAACAGCGAAGAACUUAGGUGUUAUAUUUGAUGCCAAUCUGUCCUUUGAAAAUCUAAUGACCAAUGUUUGUAGAACAGCAUUCUUCCACCUAAGAAAUAUUGCUAAAUUACGACACUGUUACAGUAAAGCACUUGCAAUGAAAGUAAUGACAAUGUACUGAAGUCCUGUUUACUUCUAAAAGCAAAUAAAAAUAAAUUAAAAAUGUACAACAACUUGAACUUCCUUAAAAAUGUAUUGGAGUUAAAAUGUUUACCUUUUAGCAUGGCACUACUGUUCUAGGCAGAAAAAUGUCUUGUUAUUCGUCACUAACAUGGUCAUUACAGGAAUUGGAAAUAUGUAAUUGCUUAUUCCAUUAUUAGUGUCGUACUGUAACUGCAUUAAAAAAUUUUUUA